AUGGACCACUCAAGAGACAAACUCCAUAUACUGGGAACAGUUUCAGAUACUUAUGACAAUGUCGAGGAUUUAAGGUCAGUUUUAAAGUAUCGCGCAUACUUCACUACAACAGAUACAUUUUUCUGCAAGCGCAUAGGGGCUUUUUUUACAGGCAUCAAGGCGUUUCCUACCGAAAAUAAACUUCCUCUGGAAACUCACUUCAAUCACAUUGAGUGGAAUCUAGGAGGGAAUUUUUUGGUCCAAGAAGGAACGUUAUACACGUUUGAUAUCAUAGCACCCCUUCCUAGGUACACGCCGAGAACAAUAUUUACGCCUGAUGGUGCUAUUCAUUAUACAUUGACUGUGAAUAUAAGCACAGACGAUAUUUGCCGAAUGCCUAGGAUCGCUACUGUUCCUGUUGUCGUACCUUUUACCCUGAAUCCCGACCGCAUGCCAGGGCCGCAUCACAUUCGAUUUGGUCUUCCUUUAAACCAGGACUCUUUUACGAAACUUGUGUUGUCACCUAAAAAACAUAAAGACCUUAAAGUUGUAGUGAAGUAUCCUCAACAAAAUUACAAAGGUCCAGGUUGCAUAUGUCCCCUUCUUAUCGAUUUCGAACUAGCGCAACCUGAGGAAGGAAAUAUCUACAACGCGUAUCCGGAAAAACUUAGCAGUACUCCUAUUGUAAGAACACCUUCUUCUAAUGCUUCGAAAAGCUUACAUGAAUCUGCUGAUUCUAUACCAGAGCGCUUGAGUCGACUUAGUCUCGAACUUGGUGAACAUAAACUAUCUCAUGCUAAAAGCCGUGCUUCUUCUCCCGCUCCGCAAUGUACUUAUGAAAGAGUAUCAACAACCGUCCUUUACGAGGAUGGACGCUGGACCCCUCCUACUGUACCAGGGCUUCAUUCAAGAGUUGAAUUUAUGGUGCCCUUUGAAGACACCAUCCAUGGAAGUGUAACCAAAAAUCCUCAUCUUCUUGUAAAGCAUAAUUUUUAUGUGUCCGUUCAUACUUCAGAACCAUCAACUGUUCUACUAAAAAAAGGUUUUUCAUCUAACUCUUCACUUAAGAAAAAAUCUUACUCUUUAUUUUCUUCUUUCAGAUCUAGCUCAUCCCUUGUUUCAAAUUGGCAUUUAGACUCGGAAAAUAACAGUACACCGCAAUCGUCUAGUGAGUUGUCUUUAAAGUGUUUAUCUCAAUAUUCACCUAGAAACUCACAAAAGUUACAUUACAAGCUGAAAAAGUUCGAAUUUAAACUGCCUGUCUUCAUCUUUCAUCGAAACCUAGAUUCUGAAUUGUCCCAUCUCCCUCCUUAUUCCCCUAGUCGUGAUCCUUACUUCUAUUUGGAAGACGACGAAGAGGUAACGACUUCGUCUAUUUCUUUAAAUCAAAUAACUGAUAUUUCUCAUAAUCCGUCUUUAUCCAAAAGCGGUUAA